CAAUAGUGUCUCUCAUUUAGCGACGAUUUGAUUGUAACCUAAAUUGUCCUCAAAUUACACACAAUUAGUGUUGAAUUGAAUGUAAAAUACGUUUAAUAAACAAUUGAUUGACAAGUCUUUUGUUGAGAUCUGUGUCUUAAGAAUGGAUCCAAUGAUAGCAACCAAUGAUCCAAAUCCACAGAUGUCUGAAGUGACGGUCUCUGCGAACGGAUCCACAGGAGAGACGACAAGCGGUUCGUCGAGAAGAGUCUCAAAACGAACUAAAAGUGGUCGAAGUGUUGGCACUAAACGACAGACUGUCUCUCAAAGUAACGCCAAUAACGACAACAAUAGUAGCGAAACAAAUGAGUCCCAAAACACAGACAAUACGGAGACCACUGAUAACCUGUUAUCGAUGCCUGUCUUAACCGCGAGUUUGGUUGUGACCAACGAUUCAGGCAUUGAGGCCAACGAACCGACGCUUGAUUUGAAUGAAGCGAAUACUCAAUUGAAUGGUAAUAUGAAUGCGGAAAACGAGGCCAACGUAUGCAUCGAUCUAACGGAAGACGACUCCUUUGUGGACUACAAUUCCGAAUCAGAUCCAGAGGUCCAAUGUAUUAGUUCUGUGAUUCGAGACCAGGAUUUGUGUAUUAUUCGCACAAACCGUCGCAAAGGCAUCAAUAGGUCUCCACUUAAGCCAAACGACGAUAUCAUUGAAAUCAAAGACUCGCUAACACUCCAAAAUCCAAUGAAUGGCCCCAACACUCAGUCUAUGGGGAGUCCAUCGAAAAGAGGUGUCAAAAAAUGUAUUAAAUGUCCCGUUUGUUUGGACGAAAGCACUGUCUUUGACGUAUCGGGCCGUCAAUUAGUGUCAACCACUUGCGGACAUCUUUUCUGCAAUGAAUUGCCCGUCAAAUCCAAUCGGUUUGAAAUGAAGUCGGAAUGUAUGCGAGAACUGAAUAAUCAAAUCAAUUCAGAGAUGUAUGCGAGUCUGGUUUACAUGAAUAUGGGGGCCUAUUUUGAUAGCAACAAAGUGGCCCGAAAAGGGUUCGCUAAGUUCUUCACUGACCAGUCACAUGAGGAAAAGGAGCAUGCUCACAAACUGGUCGAUUAUCUCAAUAAGAGAGGCGCUAACGUCAACACUUUGGACGUUAAGAUGCCGGUGAAGAACACGUGGAAUAAUCCCAAACAGGCUCUCGAAGAUGCCAUUCAAUUGGAGAAUGAGAUCAACGAUUAUAUCCACAAAAUUCACGGAAUCGCUGAACACACAUGUCUUGAUCCGCACUUAAUGGAUUUCUUGGAGAGCGAGUAUUUGGAAGAACAGAUGACUUCCAUCAACCAAUUGACACGACUUCACACAAUACUGAGUCAAAUGCCGGACGGAGUCGGAGAGUAUCUCCUCGACAGACAGAUUCUUGAGGGCAAAGUCGAACCCAAAGAUCUUUAAAUGUACACAACGUUUGUAAAGUGUAACUCAUUUUUUAUCACUAAAUACUCCGCAAAGAUUUGUAACAAAUUUAUAUUUUAUUAAAAUAUAUAAAAUUUAGAAAAUUGAUAACAAUUUGUAGAAUAAAAUGAUAUUUUAAAUAAAAAUUAAUUCGUUAAUAA